CAAAUAUUCGCUCCACACAUAUAAUUGCAAUGGAGUGUUAAUUACGAAUUCCUCUCACACUGAUAAAGUGCCGGCUGUGUAGCGUUCGUGAUGCCUUUGGUGCAAUCAGUACUUCAUGAGCCAACGGACUAAGAAGUAUUUUGAAGUGAAAGGAAUUAUCAAACAGUAAAGAAUUUAUGAGUUAAAUGCAAAAAGUGUUUGUUACAUUUCAGAAAAUGUCAAGCUUUCAAACGUUCUUGCUCCUGAGCGUCACGUUAAGUGUGAGUUGGAAAAUUGCGAUUGCUGCAAAAGUGUGUAGUGCAGAGAACGAUGAGUGGGCAUGUAAGUCCGGCGCCUGUAUUGCAACAGAAAAUCUAUGCGAUGGCAUCGAGCACUGCGACGAUGGUUCCGAUGAGACGAAAGCUUCUUGCGAAGAUAUGCAAUGUACAUUUGCUUCAUUUCGUUGUCGUUACGGUGCAUGCAUAUCACUCGCAUUGAUUUGUGAUGGGAUUCCCGAUUGUGCCGAUUCAUCAGAUGAGGUCACUGAGAUGUGUCGUAAACGACGCGAUGAAUUACCAGAUGAUGGCAUUGACGAGGAAACAAAACGCAAGAAUUGUGCUGGUUGGGGGCAAAUGAAGUGUUGGUCAGGACAGUGUGUCAACAUCACUGAUAAAUGUAAUGGCGUACAGGACUGUGAAGAUGGAAGUGACGAGCUGCCUUCUUUAUGUAAGACAAUAUUGUGUGGGAAAAACCAGUUUCAAUGUGGAUAUGGCGCGUGUUUACCUAUGAAAGCGAAAUGCAAUGGAAAAAAGGAAUGCUGGGAUGGUACGGAUGAGCACGAGGAACUUUGCGCAAUAGAAAUUGAUACCUCAUUAACAUCCACAACACGAAUAAAAACAACUGCGUUUACGGAAGGUAUUGUGAAUCCAACGAUUAAGGCUACAAAAAAAAAUAAAACAGCCGAGAAUGCAAAUGCACCGCAAACGAAUACAAGUGUUUUAGACUAUUCGACACAUUUUGAAGUCAUUGAAAAUUCCGAAAAGGAUUUAACAACCACAUCCGAAGUUAAAACUACGCGCACACAAACAACAACGAAUCGACCACUUGUUACCACUACGAAAGACACAAAAACACCUUUCAAUGCAUUGCCUACAGAACGACCCCACCUGACAACGACAAGUGUAAAAGCAACUAUAAGCACACAAAAAACAUCAGCUUCUAAACCACUCCUCAAACCGACAACAAAAGCAAAUGUAACGAGAAACCAUUCCGAAAAAGAUUUGCAAAUAACGACGCCAAAAAUUAGGAAAACAACAAAAUAUUCAGCAACUCUAACAACUCCAACAUUUUCUAUUGAUGUCCCAAGUGAAACACCUUCAACGCAACCUAAGAGUAAUGGAAAUAAGGGUCAAGAAGUGAGGAAGAUCCAUAAUAAACUGGCCGUGUCGCAAACUACCUUAUCUACUCCAAAUGUGGCAUCACAAACUACUAUUUUCAAAACAAAUUUAAGUUCGACUCCUAACUAUGCUAGUGUGUCUAAUGUUAGUGUGCAGAUCUCUAUAAAUUCACAGCCACAGACUGACGUACUGCCUCAAAGUCCACUUUAUUAUGUUAAUAAAACAUUAAAUACCACCGAAACACUUCGUAAUCUAAACUAUCCUGGAAGUAUAACACCAACACUCUCAAAUCGGUACAACAUCAAAAAAACAACACCGCCGUCUACGACCACUAAAGGAACCCCAAAGCCAUUAAGCUAUGUAUUUUACGCAAUUGUGGUCAUCCACUCUUUGCAGCGUUUCAUUACCAGGCUCUCUCGAUUUUAAAAGUUCACAUGAUAAUCAAGGACGAUUAUAUCUUAUGGAGGGCUCACAAGUAAUUUUCA